GUUUUAAUCACCGUGUGCUCUGUCAGCAAACAUGUCUUCGAUGGAGGGUGAACAUGCGGAUUUUGAUGAUGAUCAUGAUAGGGACGAGGGUUUUCCUGACGAAGACACUCCAUUUCAUUCAGAUAACGCCUUUUCAGAUGACGGGCGUUAUCAGGAUGAUGGCCGGUACCCUGACGACCGUUAUCCUGAUGACUCACCUGUGCAUAAACAUGAUGACCGUUACCAAGGUGGUGGACCCCGUCAAAUGAGGAUGAUGAGGUAACGCUUGAUGAGUUUAGAGUUUUGAAAUUUGGUUUUUAAUGUACCGACAUAACUCACUUUCGUGUUUGGACUUUCAGACCUCAGUUCCGCCCAAGGUUUCAGGGUGGUUACCGUGGGCAUCCCCGAAUGCAAUGCAUGGCGGCCGAGGAAAUUUUAUGCGGCCAGGAAUGGGUCACCAUCGUGGUCCGGCUUAUGAUGGUUAUGGCCCACCUCCGAUGGGUAUGCAAAGAGGAUAUCCACCUAGAUUCAGUCCUCAGUAUCCAGGACGUUAUCAAGGUGUGAAUGAUGAUCAGAUGGAUGAGCAAAUGGAUGAUUCUCACCCACCAAACGAUAUGAACUAUUCAGGUCAUGGAGGGGAUAUGCAGAUGCAUCCCAAUAAUUUUUCGAAUAUGCAGCAUAUGCGCAUGCGUGGUCCACCACCACCAUUCAUGUCCAACAACAAGUCAAUGCCUCCUGAUCACCAGCAGCCCUCGGCAGUUCCACCCCCUGGAUCAGCCUCAUCAGGGCCUCAGAACUAUAGUGGAAAUGCCCCGCCAUUUAAUAACAAUCAGGGGCCUCACUAUGGAGGACCUCAGUCUACGUUCGGCGGGCCUCCUGGUCCUCAAUACUCAGGGUCCCAAAACGCACCGCCUUUCAGUGGUCAACCUUUCAAUGGACCACCCGGCUCUCAGUACAACGGUCCUCAAUACAAUGGUCCACCUGUGUCCCAGAUGAACUCAUCCUCUUGUGAUUCUAACGCGGGGCCACCAGCAGGCGUUCAAUUUGCACCACCCGUCAGACCUUAUGGGGCACCUGGUCCUUAUCCCGUGCCUCCUGCUCCUUUCGGUCCUCCUGGACAGGGACCCCAAAGCACUGGUUCGUUCAAUGGAUCUUCACAGUUCCCAGGAGGUCCUAACUGUCCUCCAACGACUACUCCACAAGGUGCCACCAACAACAUGCCUCCACUAGCCGGUGCUCCUGUUCCUGUCGCACCACCGGUUGCAGCUCCUGCUCCAGUUUGUCCUCAGACAACGGCUCAGCCACCAGGCACUCAAACUCCUGCUGCUCCAGUGACAGCUCCACCGGCAGUCCAGCCACCUGUUUCAAAUGCACCUCCACCGUUUCCUUUUCCAGCUCCAAUCCCGUCGGGUACUGAUGGUAAGUUGGAUAACAUGCGUUUAUCUGGUAGUACUAUUGCGAGACAGUCAUCAUCAGCAAAUGUUUUUACACUGUCAGCAAACUUAAUUGGUUUUUUAUUCUCACAGCUCCACAUUUCGGAAUCCCACCACCUUGUUUUGGUGCAAUGCCAGCAGCCCCACCUCGACCCAUGGUUAUGCAAACGAUUCCAGGUCCUGGGAUGCCCCCUGGUACAUUGCCAUGUCCAACUAUGCCACCUAUGCCGAUGAUGGGUCCUCCACCACUUCCAGGCAUGCCUCCAAUGCCGCAUCCUAUGUCACAUUUUCGCCCUCCAAUGCCGUUUAUGCCACCCGUAAUGCCAGUCAGCGCCUUCCCACCAACCAUGAUGCAACCAAGAGUUGUGGAUGAUAUAUGGGUUGAAAACCUUACGGCUGAAGGCAAGUCAUAUUAUUACAACAUGCGUACCCGUGAGACGCGCUGGGACAAACCUGAAGGUGUCACCGUUGUUCGUCAAGGUGAGGUGGAAGGCACAGUAAAGCCUGCUACUGCAUUCCCAGUGGCUGCAGCGGCUGUAUCUACGAGCGCUAAUACACCCGUUUCAACAGCAGUCACACCUGCUAAGCCUCCGGAGGUCGCAGUAUGGACAGAAUAUCAUAAUCAGGAUGGGAAGGCAUAUUAUCACAAUAUAAAGACUGGUGAGACUACAUGGGAAAAGCCAAAGGUGUUAGUGGACUGGGAAAACAAGUCAGAUCCAAACUCCAAUCAGAAGGCUCCAGAACAGCCGGCUCCUACUCCAGCAGCUAAAGAAAAUACAACUCCGACAAACACAACGGCACCCGUUGCUGAAAAUAAAAAACCGGUAACAGUGGAGUCGACUGACAACUCUAAGGUAGAAAGUUCGAAGUCUGAGGCUGAUAAGAAUAACGCGAAUGAGUCAAAUGAACAGGAGUCAAAAACUGAUUCCACGAAAGCGUCGAAAGAUAGUAGCAGACCUGUGUCAAGCACAGCGGUACACGGGACUCCAUGGUGUGUUGUAUGGACAGGAGAUGGUCGUGCUUUUUUCUUCAAUCCUAGUCAGCGUCUCUCUGUUUGGGAAAAACCUGAAGAGCUUAAAGGUCGUGCAGACGUUGAUCGACUACUGGAAAAACAACCAAAUGCCCCUUCUUCAGAUAAGACAAAAUCACCAAAACCAAGUACGGCGAAUGAUGAUGGUGCUGAAGCUGCUGAUGGGAGUUCUGCCCCCAAAAAAGCACGUCUCGAAAAUGACGAUGUAAAUGGUGUUGCAACUGAAGCGGAUGUACCUGCGGCUGAACCAGCGGAGGAGAAUGAUGCAGAUAAGUCUGGCAGCACAUUGGAUAAGAUCCCAGUAGGAAUGGAAGCUGCCAAGGAAGCUGAAGAGAGAGCCGCCCGAGAACGAGCUGUACAGCCGUUGGAAGUUCGUGUGCGAAGGUUCAGGGAAAUGUUAGUUGAGAUGCAGGUUUCAGCAUUUUCUACCUGGGAGAAAGAACUACAUAAGAUUGUGUUCGAUCCGCGUUAUCUACUACUGGCAAGUAAAGAAAGAAAACAGACAUUCGAAGCCUACGUCAGGGAGCGUGCUGAGGAAGAACGGCGUGAAAAGAAAAGUAAACUAAAAGAGAAAAAAGAAAAGUUCAUAGAACUAAUGGAUGAGGCGGGACUAAACUCAAAGUCUUCAUAUAGUGAUUUCGCUGCCAAGUAUUCCAAAGAUGAUCGCUUUAAGGGAAUCGAAAAAUCUCGUGAUCGUGAAGCUAUGUUUCAAGAUUACCUGGCCGACUUACGUAAACGGGAAAAGGAGGACAAGCAUCGUGAAAAAGAGAAAGUCAAACUGGAUUUCUUCAAUUUGUUGAAAGAACAGAAAGGCAUAACUCGAUAUACUCAUUGGACAGAUGUAAAGCGCAAAGUGGAUUCUGAUCCUCGGUAUAAAGCUGUAGAUUCCUCCUCAAAAAGAGAGGAUUUGUUCAGAGAGUUUAUUCGUAAGCUUGACGAAACUCCUGCUGUUCGAGAAGACAGUUAUACACGAAAAGAGCGAGAGAAGAAAGAACGUCAAGAAGCCUCCAUAAGAGAACGUGAGAAGGAAGUGAAAGAAGCGUUAUCUUCUUCGUUAAGAGAAAGAGACAAGGAACGGGAACAGCAUUUACGCAACGAGCAAGAGACAAAUUUCCAUACAAUGCUACAGGAUUUGAUACGUGAUCCUAGUCUUACAUGGAAAGAAGCAAAGAAAAUACUUCGCAAAGAUCCUCGAUGGGAAGGUGUUAGUGAUGUGUUUGAACGAUCAGAACGAGAAGAAAUGUUUGAGGAGCACAUCAAUAAUUUAUCAAAAAAGUCUCGAGAGAUAUUUCAUCGUUUGUUGAGUGAAACCGAAGGAAUGUCUUUUGAUUUAUCCUGGAAAGAAGCGAAAAAGAUAAUUAAUACUGAUCCUCGUUUUGAAAAGAUUCCAAGCGAUAGAAAAAAAGAAUCAGAAUUCAGCCUAUGGGUUGAUAUGAAAAAAAAUCAGGCUAAAGAAGCUUUUAAAGAACUUCUCAAAGAAACUAAGAUAAUCAAUGCUCGAACUAAGAGAACUCUUGAGGAGAAUGAAAAUCAUAUAGCCGAUAUAAUGGAAGCUCUUGAGAAAGAUAAAAGGUUCAUCGCUUUAGACGCUUUCGAGGAUGAACGCAAUUCCCUGAUAGAAGAUUAUAUUGACAGUUUAGACAAAAAGCGUACACCAACUCCAGUCUCUAUAUCGUCGAAAGAACCCACCAAUCGACGAUAGAACCUAUAAAACACAGUGAACAUCAAUCUCUAUCUUCAUUUUGCAUUUUUUCUCUUUCUCUCUCUCUCUCCUUUGGAUUCAUCAAAGUCUACACAUAUUUUCUCGCUCUUCUUUUUUCAUACACACCUAGUUUUGUCACAUAUACUCUUUCAAGUUCUUAAAAUUUCAUAAUAGAAUGUUGUUGGUACAACUCUCUGAAGAUAACUUGUAAUACUUGUUAUACUGUUAAAUAAAAACAACUUGAAAAUCUGGUUUUCUUUUGUUAUUUUCUAAAACAAUCUGGUUAAGUGUGUGGUCUAGUGAAAUUUUGUGAAGCAGUCGUCAUUUUCUGGAGUGUUCAACAUUACUUAUUAAUCAUUGAUGUCGGGGAUGUGGU